GUGAUCUGUAGUUCCUGCCUAUUUCCUCACUCAUCCCUUGGAUGGUUUCAUUUUUGUGAUUUGAGCAAUACGAAGACUGCCGGAAGAUAAGAAUUGAGGGAAAGAGCAGCUCACCCACAGUCAUUGAAACCUGUACCCUAGAGUUCGUUCGAAUCGAAGCCCAGUGGGCAUUUGGGAGAAACAUGGGGUAGGCACGGAGACCAUGUCAACGUCAUCCGUGUUUAACCUCGAUUGCUCUUUCCCUCGCACGCACCAUCCACGCCAAAGUCUACGUGUUCCAGAUUUCUGCGUGUUCAAGAUCUCUGAUGAGAAACAGAUCCAAACCAUCACAAUGCCGGCCUUACCUCCCUCCUUACCUCCUUCCAUAAUUUCGCUCGAGGGGUUGACGCCCCGCGUAGCGGCGGCGGCGGCGGCGGCGGCCGUUGAAGCAUACGUCCGUGCCUUAAAUGGCACCGGUUCGACGACGAAAGCGCGACGGAAGGCACGUAAAGCCGCCCGAAGGGCGAAGAAAAGAGCGGCCGAAGCCGCUGCGACUCGGGCCUCCGCCGCCGCCACUCAGAACCAGACCCCCGUACCCCCGCCCCCCGCCGCCGACGCCGCUCCGGCCGUCGCCUGUCCCAUCUCACAAGUGGUGGUGAAACAAGAUGAAAGAAGUAGUUGUGCUGCGUCCGCCGCCGCUACCAAGACCCCGUCUGCCGGCACCACCGCCCCAGCCACAGACAGUCCGCUCGUCAGCGGGGAUAAGAACACGAUGACACAGGAUGGUUACCCUAAGGAAGCAAGGACCAAGGGAACAUAG